AUGUGCAGUUUCCACACGUCACAUCGCCCACAGCAGAUAACUCAUCAGCAGCAAGUGCAGCCUCAACGCGACACAUCGCCAAAGCAGGAAAGUCAUCAGCAGCAGCAAUUACAGCAGCAUCCUUUUUCCAGGCGGCUCACGCCCCAUACCUAUGCUGCAAACGGAUUCUCUUCGGGUGCAUCCGCUAGUCACCGUGCUGGACCUGCCGCAAGAGCUGCACUAGCAAGAAGUCCCUGCUCGGACACUAACUUGUCAGAAGGAUUCUUUUUGGCGAGGUUAACAGAUAAAUUUAUUAAACUACAAAACUCCCUGAACGGUUGUAAAUUCUUUGACUAUUUUGAAUGUGCGCCGAAGGAGAAUCUAAAUGCUGUAGGUUCUUCCAUGGAACAUGAAUCAGUUAAGUCGGUUUCAUCGUUUAGUAACGCCGUUACUGUACCAUUGAUUAUCGCCCAACUUCCAGCGGAAAAUACUGUUCAUACCAUUAAAAGUGCUACGGAUAAUGACGAGGUAGCGACAUUGCUUUCGAUAGAAGCCAGUUGUGCCGCCUGCAUGGACAGUUCUAAGCCUGUUGAAGCUGAUCAGAGUCCAGCCGAGCAGCCUGAACUAAAUGCUGGAUUUACUGUAUGUGAUGCAGACUCUUCAGCUCUAACACGUUACGUAUUGGCAUUAUUAAAAAAAGACAAACCCGAAAAAGAACUGAAACGAGUUAUGAUUGAACAAUUGGAUGUGUUCUUAACUGAGGAAACGAAAUCAUUUGUCGAAAGACUUUUUGAGGCCAUCUCUACAGAAGAAUACUUAAAAUUGCCGCCUCCUGCGGACAAAGACAACGAAGAAACUACCACAGACAUUGUAACGACCACAGACAUUGAUACUCAAACUUUGCGAUUCGUUGCUAUUGGCGCGCCAGCAGGAACCGGUAUAAAUGUGAUAAAGCAACAUGAAAGCAAUCAUGGAACAAUCAAUAAUCAUGAAAGCAUUAAAGUGACAGACGCUACUUCCACCACCACUUUAACCGCUAGCAUGUAUACGGAUAAAAAUCAUACACCACCUAUUGAAGAAAGCAAAAUCAAAGAUGUUCUCAUUACCAAUAAUGCAAGUGCGGUCGCAGAACAUACCCCGUCUUCAAUAUGGUCUCACCAUCAACUAUCUUCGCAACACAACCAAUCACAACAACAGCCGCAAGCAUAUUCAGCUCAUUAUAAUUAUCACAAUCCUUCCUCAGGAAAGAAUAAAACAGCAUCAUCCACAACGCAUACUUAUCCUGCGGAUGGUGGGGGAGGAAAUGAAAACAACGACCGCCAUCACCAUCACCAUCGAAGCGCAAGCCCUCCGACAGUUACCCGCACUAUUACUGCUGAUAAAGAAAAUCAACCGAGGGAGAGUCGCAGGCGGCGAGCUUCGUUGCGCUCACGAACUCGAUCACGCUCACGUUCCAAUGAACAAUUUUCACGCCGCUCUCGUUCUCGCGACCGUCGCAUUAAUGAACGCGAAAAAUCCCAAAGACAAUUUCGCAACAAAUCGCCACCUGUUGCAGGUGGUUGCGAUAAUUCCAGGUACGAGCGCCGCCGGGGGGGUGGAGGAGGUGGUGGCAGUAUUGGUGAUCGGUGCCGUAUGAUGGUGAACAGCAGUAAUAUAAGCGGAGGGGGAGAGCGCAAGGCAAAUGCUACAAGUGGUAGUCGUUCAGCGAACCAUUCAUCGCACUCACCACGCAGUCGCUCGCCUUCUUUGGAUCGCGUUAAUAAGAGUAAGAGAUCUCCUAGUACUGGCCGUGGUCAAUUGCGCGGUGUGGCUAGCUGUGCGACGUCGCCAGAGUCACGCCACCACCACGAGUCUAAAAAACGUCAAAGAUGCCGUGAUUUCGAUGAGAAAGGGUACUGUGUUCGUGGUGAAACUUGUCCGUGGGAUCACGGUGUUAAUCCGGUUGUGUUCGAAGGAUUAAACAACACAGCUUUGAUAAGUAUGUCGUUACGUGAAUAUAAUCCUGAUGCUCCAGAUCUUUGGUCUCGCGCGGGACCUCCCAGUGCAGCUAUGGUAAACGCUGCAACCCCGGGGACCUUAAUCGCUAGCUCUGCAGCUGCUGGUAUAAAUCCAUUUUCCGGAACUACACGUACUGGUGGCGUUAUGAUGGGCGGCCCCGGAGCACCUGUUGGAUUUUCUCAAGUGCAAGGUCCUGACAAAGUCAGUAACGGCGCCGCGGAUUAUGUGCGCAAUGCAGCUGGAGUUGGAUUUCGGGCAGCAGCUCCGAUGAUACCUUUUCCUUUUAAUCCGGCCGCGGUAACUACUCCUUUACAGCGCGAACUUAUACCCACACCAGUGGUUUAUGCCACUGGCGGAGCAGUCGGUGUUGGCGGCGAUGUAAAUGCCACCCUACAAGCACAGGGUAAAAGGCGUUUUGAGUUGGAAGACUCUGUGGCUAUAGCCGAAGGGCUACCCAAACGUAAAAUUCCAGCACAUAGCCGACUUGGGCCACGUGUAGCUAGCAUGCAAAACUGCUCACUUGAACUACGCAAAGUACCACGUGGUCUUAACACUAUUGCCCACCUGAAUAACCAUUUUGCCAAAUUCGGAAAAAUUGUUAACAUCCAACUCUCUUACGAUAGUGAUCCGGAAGCUGCUAUUGUAACCUUCUCUACACACGCCGAAGCUAACGUGGCAUAUCGCAGCACUGAAACCGUGUUAAAUAAUCGUUUUAUUAAGGUCUUUUGGCACACAUCUGCUGACACCCCGAUAUCCGGAGAUGGUAAUACCGUCAUAGGUCAACAGACGGGAGGAGGACGCAAGAAUAGUCAAUACCAUUUAAAUAAUGUGCCAGCUAUACCAACUCCAUCAGCAGAUUCAGCAAGAACGGCCAAUGUUAGUCAAAAUCAAGCUGGUCCGAAUGUAAACAACAAUAAUAAUAAUGCAAGCAUUCAAGAUGCCACGACAAUCAACACGACAGCAAACACAACUAUCACCACCACAACUGCAGUGGUCGCCACCCAUGUACCGACACCCUCCUUAAGACUCAAGAACAAUGUACCACCACGCCCCGUUGGCGUAGCAAAUGCUAUUAUUCGCAAAAAACAAGAGUAACAAGUAAAAGCCGUAGCCCAACUGGCCAACGGUUUACGCAAACGUAAGCAGGAACUUUUGCAAAGCUAUUUAAAGCAAAUGAAAUCAGCUUUAGACUUAGUAGAACGAUGUGAACCAUCAGAUCCUCAACGUGGUAAAACUUUGGACACAAUCAAAUUACUUCAGGGAACCAUCGACAGAUUACGCAAAGAAAUUGCUACCGAACAGGAGCAAAUGCAAGCUCAAAUUCAAAAUCAGCAACCACCACCGCCAGUGAAAAAAACUAAGGAGCAGCAGAAAAAGGAAUUGCUUGAUAUUGAGUUGGAGCUAUUUGCGCAACAGCAAGAGGGCAAUGAUACUACUGCUACACAAAAGCGGCUAGAGGAAUUACAGCGAAGUCUUGGUAUAGUGCCUGGUAGUACUCCGUCGUCUGCUAUUACUCCAACAGUCCAGGGUUCCCCUAAUAUCGCCAAAUCCAGUCAUUACAUGGCUGCGAGCAGGAAUACCGCGCGUGCACGAAACUCCUAUCCUGAAGGUUCCACCCGCGUAGACAGACGUCCUAAGACCAUUGUGGUAACGGGUUUUAAUAGUGAAGAAGCUGAUUUUGUUCUAGGACACUUUAAGCAUUUCGGGGAAAUUACAAAGCAUGACAUGGAUUUGGAAAAACCUCAGCUGAUACUCUCUUACGCUACACGUAUAAACGCUGAACAGGCGAUAUUGAGAGGCAAACUAUUUAAGGAUAAACGUUUGCAAAUUGUUUUUGCUCCUGUUGUACAGACGUCAAACGUAGCCUCCAGCGUUUUUAAUAAAAUGAGACCGAUAGCCAGUCCAGUGUAUAAAGAAGCUACAACAGCAGAACUCAACAAAACAAACCAGCCUCAAGAAGCUACCACAGCUGCCAUAUCUUUUCCCAAUCCUAGCCAGUAUAAUAGCGAAACAGAGGCUACUGCCACGGAUACUCUGCCUGAAUUAAGGCUUGAAGAUGAAGAAGAGGAUGAAGAAUCUGAAGACCGCUCGUGGCGACGUUGUUUCUUGCCAAAUCUAAACAAAAGCCAUGCCAAACGUAAACAACAUAGUCUAAGGUAUAGGCUUUAAAAAUAUACUUCACGUAAUUUAUUGUACGAAAAUUUAGACGCAUGCAAUACCCAAAUAAUUGUGCGCUAAAAAGCGUAGCAAUUUCAGUACUUUUUUCUUUUCCUCUUGUAAAUUCAAACAAAUCAUUAAUUUCGUAAUAUCAGGAACAUUACAAGCACACAAAGAGAUAUUUUAAGCCAAGCUUUUUCAAAUCCAGGAGUUCAACAGCGGAGACUCGAAAAAAUAAGUUAAAUUCUGAAAUUAUUGCUAACUUAUGGCAAAAACAACCUUGAAAACCUCUCAAUAUUCAUUAGACCUACAAAACACGUGGGAUUCACAAAAGUGGUUUAAAAGAAAAAAUAUUGUGUUAGAAAAGUCCAUACGUACAAACGCAGAAGUUCUAACGAAAAACCAAUUCAAUAUUUUAUCUUUCGUUUUCAAUUUGCAUCGUCGAAGUACACAAUAUUGAGGUUUUUGUAAUAAAAAUGAAAAACGUAUAU